AUGGCCAAUAUCUCAUCCGAGAUUAUUGAAGAACGAAUCCGCAAGUUCGGCAAGCUAUGGAUGAUAGACGACCUUCUCCGCGUGCGAGGGAGGGACGAAGAACAAGUUCCCAUCCUCGGCUACCCCAGAUACGAACACGACGCUACUGAAUAUGAAUACUUCACGGGGAAGGACCUCGAUCGUAUGGUUGAUGAAGCUUGUCGGGUAUUGGUAAGCGCCGGCCUCAAGGUCAACUCACACAGGACUGUCGCCCUCUUCGCGCCUUCUGACUUGUCUUUUGUCGUCUGUUUCUUCGCCCUCUUCCGCCUCGGAUGUAAGGUAUUAACCAUGUCAAUCCGCCUGAGCGAGAUAGCAUGUAUCAACCUGCUCCAGCGGUCAAACUGUGAUACAAUAUUAUACGGGACCACGGCUCGUAUUACGACAGCGAUAGCCGAGAUCGGGACCGCGCGUCAAGAUCUCAAGCUCAUACAGAUACCGGCUAGGAAGGACUUUGAUAAGCCAGAAGGACCCUCGAGACCCUUCCAUCGUCCUAUAUCCGACAUAGAGGCAGAACACGCACAGGUGGCGCUCGUAAUGCAUUCGUCUGGAUCCACGGGGCUUCCCAAGCCAUUGCUACUGUCCCACCGAAGCCUCCUGAACUCCGUAGUCUUGGGAACGGGCCUCCGAGCAUUUAACGUACUGCCAUGGUACCACAUUCACGGUGUCAUGACAUCCUUCCAAGCAAUGUGGAUGCGCAGGCCUACCCAUCUGUUCAACUCGAACUUGCCGCUGACGGCAGAUAACCUGAUCGCGGCGCUCAAGUCGAUCCGGCCCGAGAUCUGCCAUACGGUACCAUACGUGCUGAAGUUGAUGGCCGAGGAGGAGGACGGCAUUGACGUCCUCAGAAAUUGCAAGGUUGUGACGUCGGCUGGUGCGAGGACGCCGGAUGAGCUCGGUGAUAGGGUAGUCCAAGCCGGCGUAAAGCUCGGCCUCAUAUAUGGUUUAACCGAGGUCGGCCACGUUGGCGACUCUAUCCAUCGCGAACCCGGCGAUGGCACAUGGAACUAUAUCAGGCCGUAUCCAAACAUACGUGAACACAUGACCUUCCAAAAAGUCCACGAUGAUGUUUACGAGAGUGUCUACCUCAAGUCUCACCCUGCGCUCAUAGGGAGCAACUCGGAGGACCCUCCGGGAUCCUUUCACUCGGGCGACCUCUUCACCCCCCACCCAACUAUAGACUGGGCCUGGAAAUACGUCGCUCGCGCCGAUGAUAGGAUUACCUUGCUUAGCGGGGAGAAGGUUAUGCCCCUGAACACGGAGGGGAUCGUCCGCGAGAGCCCUCUCGUGCGCGACGCCCUCAUGGUCGGGAACGAUCGUCUCGUGCCCGGCCUAUUAGUAUUCCGCUCUUCAGUUGCGGAUAGUCUAUCAGAUGAAGAGUUCGUCGGCGCCAUCAUGCCUUACAUAGACAGGGCGAAUCAGAUCGCCGAAGAGUUCGCCCGCCUCACCCCAGACAUGAUACUCCCCGUCGCUUCCGAUGCCGAAUACCCCACCACGGACAAGAACACCAUCAUUCGUGCAGCAGCGUACGCUCGGUUCAAGGACGUGAUCGAGUCCCUUUACAACAAGGAUGAUGUCGCUGCCGACCAGCAAGACAGCAAGCACCUGAAGCUCGAUGUCGCGCAGCUAGAGCAGUUCAUAAUGCGACUCGUGUGCAAGGAAACAGGAGUCGAGGCGCUGGACCGGGAUGCCGACCUUUUCGCCGCUGGGGUCGACAGCCUCCGCGCAGCCCAUAUACGCAGGCUGCUGCAGCACGACGUCGAUCUUGGAGGACACGUGCUGCCUACCAACGUGGUGUACGAUUCGGGUUCCGUCGCUAAGCUCGCCCAGGUCCUUUUCGCAAUGCGCACAGGAAAGAAGUUGGAAAAUGGACAUGCGGGCGACGAGGAUGGGAUAAAGAACAUGGAAAGGAUCAUUGCCGACUUCGGUCAGUUCCAGCCGUGGACGCCAGGUAAACUUGCGAACCCUGAAAAGCACACAGUGAUCCUCACGGGCGCAAGCGGAGCACUUGGAGCACAUCUGCUAAGUCAACUAUUGGACGAUCCCAAGGUGGAGAAGGUCAUCUGCCUCGUGAGAGGCGGUGACGGACCGGGCCGCAUCCGCAAGUCCAUGGAGGUCCGUGGGCUCGGUACUAUGAGCAGCGACGAGCGACGAGCUCGCGCGCUCGUGGCCCUCUCGACGAACAAUCUGGGGGCGCCGAAGCUGGGCCUGGCCCCCGAAGACUACGCGGCGCUGCGAGCGUCAGCUACCCUCAUCAUCCACGCGGCUUGGCCGGUUAACUUCAACGUCUCUCUGGCGAGCUUCCUCCCCCACAUCGCAGGUUUGCGCAACCUCGUCGAUCUGUCGCUGAGCGUCCCGUUCCGCGAGCCGGCCCGCCUCGUCUUCGCAAGCAGCAUCUCGGCGGCCUUCCGGACACCGAAGCCGGCAACGGUGCCCGAGGGGCCGGUGGAGUCCCUCGCGUACGCCGCGGCGACGGGGUACGCGCGCUCCAAGAUGAUCGGCGAGCGCAUCUGCUCCGCCGCGGCGGCGGGCGGCGCGGCGGUCGGCGUCCUGCGCAUCGGGCAGAUCUCGGCGGACACCGUCAGCGGCAUCUGGAACGCCAAGGAGGCCAUCCCGAUCAUGGUCCGCAGCGGGGUCGAGCUUCGCGCGCUGCCGCGCCUCGAGGGCGGCCACGACGUCUGCGACUGGAUGCCGGUAGACAUCGCGGCCCGCGCUUGCCUGCAACUCGCCGCGAGGGUCGAGGCGGGGGCGAACGAGGCGCGUUUCUACAACGUCAGGCCGCCGCAUGGGUUCUCCUGGAACGAGCAGUUCUUGCCGGCGCUGCGCGAGGCCGGCUUAAAGUUCGAGCGUGUCGGCUUCCAGGAGUGGCUGGAGAGGCUGCGGGCGCGGGCCGGAGAGCUCGGCCCUGCUGCCGAAGCGAGACUGCCAGCCAUCAAGCUUGUAGGUUACUAUGAGGAUGCGUACAGCGGCUCAGGCGUCGGCUCGGGUGCUGGCUUAAGGUACGAUAUACAGGGGGCGUGUCGGGACAGCAGCGCUAUCCGCCUCUGUCCGCAGAUUCUCAAGGCCGGGCUCGUCUCUAGGAUGGUCCACCAUUGGGUUGGAGGCGCCAUACCGAACAUACCCUGACCUGGAACCCCGGCUAGCGUCCAUAGACACCACUCCUCCCUUAUGGAUACGUGCUGGGCAUAUGUACAUUCCUGGCGGAGUGUACGUAAACAGAAGGGUUGAUAGGGGGGGGGGGGGAUGGGAGCCCGAACCACGUCCAGUAGACAAGUAGAAAAUAACUUGUUGAUUUCUUGCUCACAUCCACAAUGUAUCGACAUAUCGACGGCGGCAAAGCAGGAUACACAUUGGCAGGUAUACACGAUAGCUAUGGUGGUGACCUAUUUACGGGCUGGAUACUUCGUACAGUUCGGAAAAUUAAACGGAUCGUAAUUAGGAUGUGAA